CCAGAAUUUCAUUCGCAGUAUAAGUACUGGGUUAGAGAGAGAAAAUGGGACAAAAUUCCCCGCCGAGGAAAACACAGAGAGAAAGAGAGAGAGAGAGAGAGAGAGCAAAAGUUGAUUCUUCAGGAAAUUGAUUGGGGUUUUGGAGGGUAAAAUAGUGCUUUUUCAAAGAUGUCAACUUCUCAAAAAGAUCUAUACUUCUUACUGUUGAAGUUUUUUGAUGAAGAGGGUUUGGAAGGAACUGCUCACAUGCUUGAAUGCGAAACUCAAUGUUACUUUGACAUGAGAUAUUUUGAGGAGAUGAUGCUAAGUGGGAACUGGUAUGAGGCAGAGAAAUAUUUUUCUAGUUUCACAAAAACUGAUGACAAUAGCCACUCAAAUGAUGUCAUUUUGCUAGUCGUGAACUGUGGUAAGUUCCUUAAGGCACUGGACAGAAAGGACCAUGCCACGGCUGAAGAGAUCCUCAAGAAAGAUCUUAAAGAGUUUAAGGAUAUGAACGAAGAUUUGUUCAACGAAAUGGCUUUACUUUUGACAUCUGAUGAUACAAGGAAGCAUCCUUUUCUCUCCGACUAUAUAUUUAAGUCUGCAAGGAAGAAUGUGGUGCUAGAAAUGAAAAGAAUGAUUGAGGCGAAUGCCUUUUUUGAUGGCAAGCUGAAUUUUCAUAACAUUGAAACUGAGAGGUUACGGUGUCUCACUAACCAAAUUGAUCCUGAUCAAACUCACAUCUUGUUACCCACUGUACACAAUUACCUGCCCAUGACUCUAGCUCAGACAUUGAAUUUUAGCUCAUCUCCAAUAAGCAUGAACUUUCAUCCCACUAAACACACUCUUUUGCUAGUUGGAACUUCUAUUGGAGACAUAACGCUGUGGGAUGUUAGUUCUGGGAAAAGGUUGCUUGCAAAAAAUUAUAUGAAGUCCAAGGUAAGUGUGGACAAAGAGUUAUGUGCUUCUGUUAAACGCAUCUUGUGGAGUCCUGAUGGUACCUUUUUUGGGGUUGCAUACUCCAAACACGUUUUGCAAGUUUAUUCAUAUUCUGAAAGUAAUGAUAUUUAUCUACAAUGGGAGUGGAUUUAUGCUCACAUGGGUGGGAUAAAUGAUCUAGCAUUCUCUUCUUAUGAGAACCAACUUUUGCUCAUAACAUGUGGUGAUGACAAGAAAAUUAAGGUUUGGGAUGUGGAUACUGGCAAUAAGCAGUUUACUUUUAGAGGUCAUAAUGCUCCUGUCUCUUCCGUCUGUCCUACCUCUAGCAAUCAACACUUUUUCUCAGUAUCAGUGGAUGGCAAGAUUAAAGCAUGGGAAUACAAAACAUUUGUCGCCCAGUCUAAUUUCGAAGCUCCUGGUAUUGGGCACACAAAAAUGGCUUAUAGUGCUGAUAAUAAAAGGCUUUUUUUAUGCGGGACUGAUGAAGGUAGGAAGACAUUCCUUGUUGAAUGGAGCCAGUGUAAAGAUUCUGUGAGAAGAACUUACCAUGGACUUCAGGCGUCCUCCUCAUCUGCUGUUCAAUUCGAUAUAGCAAAUAACCAAUUUUUGGCUGCUGGUCAUGACCAUAAGAUUAAAUUUUGGGAUAUGGACAAUGUAGAGCCCUUGAUAACCAUCGAUGCAGAAGGAGGACUACCAGAAACCCCUAGUAUUUGCUUCAACAGGAAGGGAACAUUAUUGGCUGUUGUUGCAAAUGAAAACAGAAUCAAGAUUUUGGCAACUAACUAUGGUAUUGGUUUGUUACAAACAACUAACAAGCAUUCUGCCGAUGCCUCUAGGGAAAUCUCUGAAACUGUGAGGAAGUAUACGGAUACAAAAGAUGCGGAGGAUGUGGCAGUGCUAGUAUCUCCAGGAGUCAAUGUUAAAGAAAAGGUUGGGAAGUUCCUCGAGAUCAAAAAUACUCAAUGCCAGUCUUUGAGACUGCACAAUCCCGUGGAACCCGAUGAGAUAUCAAGGCUGAUCUACACAAAUAAAGGUGAUGCAGUUUUGGCACUUGCAUCAAAUGUUCACCUACUUUGGAGAUGGCUAGGGGAUGAGGCAACUACCAAGGUUCAACCUUCGUUCACACAACCACAGGAUGCCUUACCGAUGAUAAAUGAUGUUGAUGGCAUCAAUCAUGAAGUGGCUGUGCCAUGCUUUGCUUUGAGCAAGAACGACUCAUAUCUCGUAUCAGCAUCUGGGGGGAUGAUUUCUCUGUUCAAUACAUUGACAUUUCAGAAUCUUGUGACCUUCAUGCCUCCACCACCUGCAGCAACAUGUAUAGCCUUCCAGCCUCAAGAUAACAACAUAGUUGCUAUUGGCAAGCAUGAUUCCACAAUAAUAAUAUUUAACUGCCAAAGACAGAAGGUUCUAGCCAAGCUCGAGGGUCACACUAAAAGAGUCACUGGUCUUGCCUUCUGUAAGACUAAGAAUGUACUCAUUUCUUCUGGUGCUGAUACGCAGGUUUUUGCAUGGAAUUUUGAACGGUGGAAAAAAUGGAAAAGCACAUUCUUGCAGGUUGGUGGGAAGAAAUUGGAAUCACUGUCUGACACCCACAUCCAAUUUCACCAGGAUCAACUGCAUUUUCUUGCUGUACACAAGAACUUCCUUGGAAUUUAUGAAGCUGAUACGCUAAAUUGUGUUAAGUGGGCUCAAGGAUUCCUGUCCGGACCAAUUUCCAGUGCAACUUUCUCAGCUGAUUGCCAAAUUGUAUAUACUAGCUUUCAGAAUGGAAUGAUAGUCAUUUUCGAUGCUCUGGAGCUAAUACCAUUUUGUCAAAUUUCUCCCAAUACCUACCUUCAUUCUUUUGGAAGUCACUUUUCAUACCCACUCGUUAUUGCUGCACAUCCAAAAAAAUCAGCACAGUUUGCUAUUGGCCUCUCAAGUGGCGAAGUAUGUGUUAUUGAACCUUCAAACCCUACAGGUCAAUGGGAUUUUGAUGAUUCAAAGGUGCCAGAUUCUCUGGUGGAGUGAACAAAAUACUCCUAGUGAUGUAAAAAUGUAUAUGUGCAUUCUUUCAUGAUAUUGAGAUUGAUUGUAUGAUUCAAAAUGAUAUGGUAAACAAUUUUCGUACUUUUUCUC